AUGUGCUUCCGAGAUGAUCCCCAUACCGAUUACUACUACCACGAAGAGGUUAUUCCCGCCAGAAGGGUCCACUACCCCCACCAUCAUCACCAUCACAGCGGUCAUCGUCACCAUGGGCACCGUCAUCACGGCGCCUCCCCCCGCGUGAGCUACUCGAGUGUCACGCGAACGAGGGAGCAUCAUCACAGCCCGCGGACGAGCCACACAUCUCACAGAUAUUGA